CUCCUUCCUCGGGGCCUUCUAUAUGGGCCACCUCCUCUCGAAGGUGCCGCGUAACCGUCACAGCCAGAAGGGCCCCCGGUGCUGCUGCUGCUGGUGCCGCCGCCGCCGCCACCGCCACCUCCUUCGGCUACCUCGCUUGCCCCCGGCCAAGGCACCUCCCCUGCCCUCGCCUUCUCCCUCGCCGCCGCCCCGGAGCUGGGACUGUUUGCUCCGCGGGCCCUGCAUGCUCUGCUUCAUCGUGCACAGCCCCAGUACGCCCGCCCCAGCCACGGCCGCCAGCCUAGAGGAGUCGCCGCUGCGGGACCGGGACCGGGCCUACGCUGCCACCUCGCAGCACCUGGCGCACCGCAGGGCGGCCGAGGACUGCGCCACCGCCGCCCGCCACUUUCUGCUCUCGUCCGCCACGGCCGCCGGCUCGGCGUCGUCUGCCGCCUGCUGCAAGGAGCUUGGUCUGGCUGCCGCCGCAGCCGCUGCCGCCUGGGAGCAGCGGGAGCAGCAGCAGGGCAGGAGCCUCUUCUUCCCCGGCGUGGGGCCCAUCCGCUUCCUGGGGCCGCCGCCGCCUCCUUUCCAACUCUUCCGGGGGCAGCCGGCGGCCGAACCCCACACCCUGCCUGACAUGGUGUGUAAGCGGAAGGGGGCCGGGGUCCCCGCGUGCACCCCUUGCAAACAGCCCCGCUGUGGUGGCGGGGGGUGUGGGGGGGGAGGAGGCAAACCCGGAGGAGGAGGGGGCGGUGCGUCGCCGCCCCGUCCCCCGGAGGCCAGCGGCUGCCAGAGCCCCGAGCAGCCCCCGCCGCCGCAGCUCUGCCCUCUGUCCGCGGCCUCUGACUCCUCGGACUGUGCGGGCGCCGCUCUGCGGAGGGACCCCACGGGCGAGAGCCUCGGCGGCCCUGGGGCUGCCUCGGCAUCAGCUCCGCCACGGCCGGAGGGGGGCGACCCGGAGUCUCUGGACCCACCCGAGAACCCCAGCGACUGUUGCAGAGAGCCGCCCCCCGAAACCGCCGGCAUCAAUCAGCUGCCGCCCUCCAUCCUGCUCAAGAUAUUUUCCAAUUUGUCCCUGGAUGAACGUUGCCUUUCUGCAUCAUUAGUUUGCAAAUAUUGGCGUGACCUGUGUCUAGACUUCCAGUUUUGGAAGCAGUUGGACCUUAGUAAUCGUCAGCAGGUCACUGAUGAACUAUUGGAAAAAAUCGCAUCAAGGAGUCAAAAUAUAAUUGAAAUCAACAUUUCUGAUUGUCGAAGUAUGUCUGAUACUGGAGUAUGUGUUCUAGCGUUUAAGUGUCCUGGACUCCUUAGGUAUACAGCCUACAGGUGUAAACAACUUUCUGACACCUCUAUCAUUGCAGUUGCCUCUCAUUGCCCCUUACUUCAGAAAGUACAUGUAGGCAACCAGGACAAAUUAACCGAUGAAGGACUCAAGCAGCUGGGUUCAAAGUGCAAACAACUGAAAGAUAUUCAUUUCGGCCAGUGUUACAAGAUUUCAGAUGAAGGAAUGAUUGUUAUAGCUAAGGGCUGUCUGAAGUUGCAAAAAAUAUACAUGCAGGAAAACAAAUUAGUAAGUAUCCAAACUAUGUACUACUGCAGGGGCCUCCUCAUCGUUCUCCCUACCUCAAGCUUUUCCUGCUUGCCUGUCCUGCAUAUUGCUAGAGAAAUGAUUUUCCACAAGUGUAGUUCUGAUUAUGCCACUCCUUUAAGAAAUCUUUCCAGUUUGGAUUUACGUCACAUCACUGAACUGGAUAAUGAAACUGUGAUGGAAAUAGUCAAGAGAUGCAAAAAUCUUAGCUCCCUCAAUCUCUGCCUGAACUGGAUCAUUAAUGACAGAUGUGUAGAAGUCAUUGCAAAAGAAGGACAAAAUCUGAAAGAGCUAUAUUUGGUGUCUUGUAAAAUCACUGACUAUGCACUGAUAGCCAUUGGACGAUACAGCAUGACAAUAGAGACUGUAGAUGUUGGAUGGUGUAAAGAAAUCACAGAUCAGGGAGCAACCCUGAUUGCACAGAGCAGCAAGUCUCUCAGAUAUUUAGGGCUGAUGAGAUGUGAUAAGGUGAAUGAAGUAACUGUGGAACAGCUUGUGCACCAGUAUCCACACAUAACCUUCAGUACUGUCCUGCAAGACUGCAAGAGGACCCUAGAACGUGCUUAUCAGAUGGGCUGGACACCCAAUAUGUCUAAUGCCUCUUAA